CACACGUGCACUCUGCUUUUUAGUAGUAAAGAGUAUGCAACCCUCAUUACGUGCCCAUCUCUCCAUUCUCCAUUCUCACUCCCUCGUCAUGUGAUUCAUUAUCUUCCCAUUUCAAUCAAUCUCACUCAUCUUUUCUUUUUCAUGAUUCUCUCUCUGUUUUGUCUUCUUCCCUCUUUACAAUUACAAAAGAACCGCAUAUUCUACAAAUAUCUCACUUCUUUUUGUUCUAACCUUUCAAAACUCAAUCACCCACUUGUUUUUCCUCUCCAAAUUCACAAUCUUUUUGUUAUUUCUGCCACUGGGUCCUCAAAAUAAGUAAAAAAGAUUCAGCUUUUUUUCUUGUUUUUUAUUUUGGGAAGAAUCAAGAAUCAAUGGCUAGUGUAGAAAGCAAUGGAAGUAGAAGCAUUUCUGUAUCAGCAGUUUCUUCCUCUAAAAUCCCACCAACUGCAAAUCCAUUAGCUAAUGAUCCAUCAGAAAUUGCUUCUAAUAUCAAUUACCAUGCACAAUACUCUCCUCAUUUCUCUCUUUUCAAAUUUGAACCAGAACAAGCUUACUAUGCCACUGCUCAGAGUGUCCGUGAUCGCCUUAUUCAACAAUGGAAUGAGACCUAUCUUCAUUAUCAUAAAGUUGAUCCAAAGCAGACGUACUACUUGUCCAUGGAGUUUCUUCAAGGACGAGCUUUGACGAAUGCAAUUGGGAACUUGGAUAUUCAAGGUGCAUAUGCUGAUGCUUUAAAUAAGUUGGGGCAUCAACUUGAAGAAAUUGUCGAGCAGGAGAAGGAUGCAGCACUUGGAAAUGGUGGCUUAGGCAGACUUGCUUCAUGCUUUCUAGACUCAAUGGCAACUUUAAAUUUGCCUGCUUGGGGAUAUGGUCUGAGGUACAGAUAUGGGCUCUUUAAACAACGGAUCGCCAAGGAGGGCCAAGAAGAAGUUGCUGAGGACUGGCUUGAGAAGUUCAGUCCCUGGGAAGUUGUCAGGCACGAUGUUGUCUUUCCUGUCCGAUUCUUUGGUCAAGUCCAGGUCACUCCAGAUGGAUCCCGAAAAUGGGUUGGCGGAGAGGUCGUGCAAGCCUUAGCUUAUGAUGUGCCAAUUCCAGGAUACAAAACCAAGAAUACCAAUAGUCUUCGUCUAUGGGAAGCAAAAGCAUCCGCCGAGGACUUCAACCUGUUCCAAUUUAAUGAUGGCAAGUAUGAAUCAGCUGCACAACUUCAUUCUCGAGCUCAGCAGAUAUGUGCAGUCCUCUAUCCCGGGGAUGCAACAGAAGAUGGAAAGCUUUUACGACUAAAACAACAGUAUUUCCUUUGUAGCGCAUCACUUCAGGAUAUCAUUCUCAGAUUUAAGGAGAGAAGAACUGGGAAGGGAUCAUGGGACUGGUCUGAAUUUCCCAGCAAAGUUGCAGUACAAAUGAAUGAUACUCAUCCUACUCUUGCAAUUCCAGAGCUUAUGCGAUUACUAAUGGAUGAUGAAGGACUUGGAUGGGAUGAAGCUUGGGAGUUGACAACGAGGACUGUCGCUUAUACCAAUCACACAGUCCUUCCUGAAGCACUGGAGAAGUGGUCACAAGCAGUGAUGUGGAAACUUCUUCCACGUCAUAUGGAGAUUAUAGAAGAAAUAGACAAGAGGUUCAUUGCGAUGAUACGUAGCAGUAGAGUUGAUCUUGAGAGCAAGCUUCCGAACAUGCGCAUCUUGGAUAACAAUCCUCAAAAGCCGGUUGUUCGGAUGGCAAACUUAUGUGUAGUUUCUUCACAUACGGUUAAUGGUGUUGCCCAGUUACAUAGUGAUAUCUUAAAAGCUGAACUGUUUUCAGACUACGUCUCAAUAUGGCCGAAAAAGUUCCAAAAUAAAACAAAUGGCAUAACCCCUCGCCGGUGGCUCCGUUUUUGUAGUCCUGAGCUCAGUAACAUUAUCACAAAAUGGUUAAAAACUGACAAAUGGGUUACCAACCUUGACCUGCUUGUAGGUCUUCGAGAAUUUGCAGAGAAUUCAGACCUCCAAGCUCAAUGGGACUCUGCCAAGAUGGCUAAUAAGCAGCGUUUGGCACAGUACAUAUUGCGAGUGACAGGUGAAAGCAUCGAUCCAGAUAGUCUGUUUGACAUACAAGUAAAGCGAAUCCAUGAGUACAAAAGGCAGCUUAUGAAUAUCUUGGGUGCCGUCUAUAGGUACAAGAAAUUAAAGGAGAUGAGUGCUGAAGAGCGGAAAAAGACAACUCCGCGCACUAUUAUGAUUGGAGGAAAAGCAUUUGCAACUUACACGAAUGCUAAAAGGAUAGUGAAGCUGGUAAAUGAUGUUGGUGCUGUUGUCAACACUGAUCCUGAAGUCAAUAGCUAUUUGAAGAUAGUAUUUGUUCCAAAUUACAAUGUAUCUGUAGCAGAGAUGCUGAUUCCGGGAAGUGAGCUAUCACAGCAUAUUAGUACCGCAGGAAUGGAGGCAAGUGGCACAAGCAACAUGAAGUUUGCACUCAAUGGUUGCCUUAUAAUAGGAACACUCGACGGGGCUAAUGUGGAAAUCAGAGAGGAAGUAGGGGAGGAAAAUUUCUUUCUUUUUGGUGCAACAGCCGAUGAAGUCCCUAAACUGCGCAAGGAAAGAGAGGAUGGACUGUUCAAACCAGAUCCUCGCUUUGAAGAGGCCAAGCAAUUCGUUAGAAGCGGAGCAUUUGGAAGCUACGAUUACAAUCCACUUUUACAGUCUCUCGAGGGCAACUCUGGUUAUGGUUGUGGUGAUUAUUUUCUUGUCGGGCAUGAUUUCCCAAGCUAUUUGGACGCACAGGACAGAGUAGAUGAAGCUUACAAGGAUCGCAAGAGGUGGUUGAAAAUGUCAAUAUUAAGCACCGCUGGCAGCGGAAAAUUCAGCAGCGAUCGCACAAUUGCUCAAUACGCCAACGAGAUAUGGAAUAUAAAGGAGUGCCGGGUACCGUAAUCGCCGAGAAUCCAGAAAAGAAAAUAGUUAUCAUGUAAGACCUGAAUAGAAGCAGAUGCUGUAAACAAGUUCAGCUAUUACAUUGUGCUCCAAUUUAGCGCUCAUUCAAGUUACUGCAGUGCUAUGCCAAUGUAACCAUGCUAAAGCCUAAAAAUAUUGUUUGUUAUUUAUUUAUUUAAUAAGUUUAUAUGUUCCUUUUA